UCUACUCCUUUUCCUGAUUCGAUCUCUUCUUUCUUCCUUUCGUUCGUUGGAUCCAAAGCUCCUCCUCGUCUUCAUCGUCUCGUCUCGUCGAAGAAGAGGGCGAGGAGGAGGAGGAGUGGGGGCAGAUCGAGAUGUCCAGCAGCGGCAAGGUGCUCACCCUCGAGGAGGUCUCCAAGCACAACACCAAGGACGACUGCUGGCUCGUCAUCGGCGGCAAGGUGUACAAUGUGACCAGGUUUUUGGAGGAUCACCCUGGUGGUGAUGAUGUCCUGUUGUCUUCAACUGCUAAGGAUGCUACCGACGACUUCGAAGAUGUGGGCCACAGCACCACUGCUCGGGCAAUGAUGGAUGAGUACUAUGUUGGUGACAUUGACGCAACCACGAUACCCACCAAGGUGAAGUACACGCCCCCGAAGCAACCACACUACAACCAGGAUAAGACACCAGAGUUCAUCAUCAAGAUCCUCCAGUUUUUGGUUCCUUUGGCGAUAUUGGGAUUGGCUGUUGCUGUAAGGAUCUACACCAAGUCGGAGUCUGCUUAGUAUUGUUGUCAGUCUUUCAAAAGGUCAAGAGUUUAAUAAGUUAGCGAGGAUUGGGGGAUUGCGUGUUUUGUACCAGCAUGGUCUGUCAUGGUUUGUUAUGGUUCUAUAAGACUAAUACUGGCAAAAUGUGACUAAAUCAAAUGGAUAUUCUUAUUUUCCAUGAUACUGAUGAAUGCUCCAGAAUUCCACUUCGUAGA